UCUCCGUGUUCCUUGUUCUUCCCUUGUCUUUAAGUAGCCAAAGCUCAUAUGCUCUUUCAGUGGUCAUGCAAUCUCGGUGAACAUUUCUGUUGGAAAUCAUGGGAAAUUGUGGGUCGAAGGCAAACCCCACUUCGAGAAGAGUCUCUGACUCUCUAAAGCAAGAAUCUCCACAAGUUCAAAGUCCAAGAGCCGAAAAGGAGAAGGAGAUUAGCAAGCUGCCAUCGAACGCAAAGGAGGUCGAGGACUUGAGGAAGGAAACUGCAGGGAAUCCUCUGGUAUCGUUCACUUUCAGUGAACUCAAGUUUAUCACUGAAAAUUUCAAGAGGGAGAACCUUUUGGGAGUCGGAGGCUUUGGGUGUGUGCACAGAGGAUUCAUCACCGAGAAUGUUAAGCAAGGGCUUCAACCUGUGCAAGUGGCUGUGAAGGUUCAUGAUGCUGAUAACAGUUUCCAGGGUCACAGGGAGUGGCUGGCUGAGGUUAUAUUCCUUGGACAACUUUCGCAUCCGAAUUUAGUGAAGUUAAUCGGAUACUGCUGCGAAGGCGAGCACCGAGUUUUGGUAUAUGAGUUCAUGGCAAGGGGGAGUGUGGAAUCUCAUCUCUUCUCUAGAAUGCUUGUCUGCCUUCCCUGGGCUAUCAGAAUGAAGAUUGCAUUUGAUGCUGCAAAAGGGCUUGCUUUCCUCCAUGAGGCUGAAAAGCCAGUCAUAUUCCGCGAUUUUAAAACUUCAAAUAUUCUUUUGGACCAGGCCUACAAUGCAAAGCUUUCAGAUUUUGGUCUCGCAAAGAAUGGUCCAGUAGGAGAUACAUCUCAUGUUACAACUAGAAUAAUGGGGACCUAUGGCUAUGCAGCACCAGAGUAUUUGAAAACAGGCCAUUUGACUGCGAUGAGCGACGUCUACAGCUUUGGGGUCGUCCUACUCGAGCUCGUGACAGGGAAGAGAUCACUGGACAAGUCUCGGCCAGUGCGUCAGCAAUAUCUGGUGGAUUGGGUUGUGCCAUAUCUGACUCAGAAGAAGAGGGUGCUGGCUGUUGUUGAUCCCAGGUUGGGCAAAAACUACCCUGAGCGAGCUGUUCAAAAAGUGGCAAGGUUGGCCUACCACUGCCUCAACCACAACCCCAAGGCCAGGCCGCUGAUGAGGGAUGUAGUGGACUCCUUGGAACCUCUUCAGCUACUUGCUUGAUCAUGUAAUCCGUGUUAUUUCCGUCUUCAGAUCCAGUGUAUAAUAUGCGUGGCUGCAUUAGAUACUUUCCAAUCUAGCACUCAAAAAGUCUAUUUUGUUCUUA